UCUUUGUUUCCUGCAACCUUAUUUACCCUCUUGCUGCUCAACCACACUUUCCGAUUCACGAAGGCGGCUGCACUUUACGGCCAAUCAGUCCUCACGGACGUUACGCACUUUACGUAGAGCCACAAUAAUACCCUUAGUACGGCCUGCGUGCGCUGAGCGUGGUGAAGGAAGGAGGCAGCGCUUUGUGUGUGGCUAGUGUCUGCGCCAAUCACAGCCCGCGGAGGAACGAGCGCCGGCGGGCGGGAGCCAGUGGGAUAACGGUAUAUAGAGCCGGGGGGCGUGGUCUUGCGCGGCGGCGGCGGCGGGUGACAGGUCGAGCGAACCGCGAAUGGCGGAAUAAAGAGCGGGAGCGGUGAAGACAUGAGGCGGAGACACCGUGGAGGAGGAGGAGCGGACACCGGGAAAGCAGAGUGUUCAGCGGGAUCUUUUUGCGAGACAUGGAUCGAUGUAAACAUGUUGGACGUUUACGCUUGGCACAAGACCACUCCAUACUGAAUCCACAGAAGUGGCGCUGUGUGGACUGUGAUACAAGAGAAUCAGUGUGGGCAUGUCUUAAGUGUUCACAUGUGGCUUGUGGGAGGUAUAUUGAAGAGCAUGCCUUGCGCCACUUUGAGGAAAGCAGGCACCCUUUGGUUAUGGAGGUGCAUGAGCUAUAUGUAUUUUGCUACUUGUGUCAGGACUAUGUAUUAAAUGAUAACCCAGAGGGUGACCUAAAGCUACUGAGAAGUGCCCUUUCUGCUGUACGGAGUCAAAAGCAGGAAGCAUUAAGUCGAAGAAGCUUAAGGUCACAAACCACAGCAAUUGAAGGGUCUGUAUGUCCUAGAUCAUCACAAGGGCAGCCACUGAUGCUUACAGCAUUACGUCACAGACGCCAAACUUUGCUGGCAAAGGCACUAAGACUUUGGUUUGAAAAAUCUUCUAGAGGACAGCUGAAAUUGGAAGAAGGGAAACAGCAAGCAGAACUUGAGAAGAAAAAAGAAGAGGCUAGGUUAAGGAGACAGGAGGUAAAACGACGCCUGCUAGAAGAACUUGCAAACACACCUCCCAGGAAAAGUGCCCGUCUACUGUCACAUACGCACAGGGAUAGCCUUAUUCCUCGUAAAUUCAGGGACAUGACAACCAGCAGUUCUGCUUCCAGGAAGGAAGCUCAAAGACGCUUUAACCAGCUGUACUCCAUUAAGCCUACUGUGACUCCUGGAGUAACAGGGCUUCGCAAUCUUGGAAACACCUGCUAUAUGAACUCUAUACUGCAAGUGCUGAGCCACCUGCAGAAGUUCAGGGAAUGCUUCCUCACCCUGGACCCCUGUGAAAAAGAAGAACUAUUGACAAAUAAAGGCCCCAAUGGCAAGCACCGUACGGGUAACAUUGGUUCUGGGUACCCAUCUGGGGGCCUUGGAUUAAAUGGUGGGGGGUCAUCAAUUAAAAAAAGCCUAGAGCUAAUACAAGCCAAGGAACCCAGCACCAAACAACUGUCCCUUUGCCAUGAACUGCACACCCUCUUCCGUGUAAUGUGGUCGGGGAAGUGGGCGCUGGUUUCGCCCUUUGCCAUGUUGCAUUCAGUGUGGAGUCUAAUCCCAGCUUUCAGAGGAUACGAUCAGCAAGAUGCCCAAGAGUUCCUUUGUGAGCUGCUGGACAAAGUGCAGCAAGAACUGGAGUCUGAAGGCAGCAAGCACAGGAUACUUAUCCCCAUCUCCCAAAGGAAGCUUACCAAACAGGUGCUGAAGGUAGUAAACACCAUAUUCCAUGGACAGCUGCUCAGUCAGGUUACAUGUUUAACUUGUAGUUAUAAGUCUGACACAGUGGAACCUUUCUGGGACUUGUCUCUGGAAUUCCCAGAGCGUUACCAUUGUCUGGAAAAGGGGAUUGCUCCAGUCACUACUACUGAGUGCACUCUUACAGAAAUGCUGGCCAAGUUUACAGAGACUGAAGCGCUGGAAGGAAGGAUCUACGCUUGUGACCAGUGUAACAGACUAAGGCGGAAAUCCUCCCCGAAGCCCCUUGUGCUGAGUGAGGCAAAGAAACAGCUUAUGAUAUUCAGACUACCUCAGGUCUUGCGGCUGCACCUUAAGCGGUUCAGGUGGUCUGGCCGUAAUCACCGUGAGAAAAUUGGAGUCCAUGUGUUCUUUGACCAAGUGUUGAACAUGGAACCAUACUGUAGGGGUUCAUUGUCUCCCUCUGAUCCAGGGACAUAUCUGUAUGACCUGUCUGCAGUAGUAAUGCAUCAUGGUAAAGGGUUUGGUUCCGGACACUACACUGCAUACUGCUACAACACAGAGGGCGGAUUUUGGGUUCAUUGCAAUGAUUCCAAACUGAACAUGUGCUCUGUCGAGGAAGUGUGCAGGACACAGGCCUACAUACUUUUCUACACUCAACGGAGUAAUCCACAGAAUGGUGUGCAAAGCAACAACACACAGAAUGAUCCAAGGAUUCCUGAUCUUCUCUUAUCACCUCAAGCUCCAUCCAGUCCCCAGGAGCCUGGCAGGCGGAUAACUGUACCCUGACACCACUAGCACUGGCACAUUUCCAUUUGUUUUGGGGAUUUUUUGGCCGAUGGGAUUUUUUUAAUUCUUUAGACUGAUUCUUAGCUGUGUUUGUUUUUUAUUCAUUUUGUCAGAGUAGCAACAGAAGACUGGCAAUGUGACCAAUCUGCCCUUAUAAUAGGAACCCAGCAAAUGGCACGGGAUCUCCUAUGUGUGUCUGUGUAAGGGAAGUACAUCUUUCCAGAUAUUCAUUGACCUAGUUUAAUACCAAGAUCUAGCAUUAAACGUGGUUAUGCCUUGUUUUCGAUUACUUCAUCUGUAGAAGAUGCAGAAGAGGGAGUGCAGCUUCAGUCAUCAGUGCAAAAGAUAGUACAUUCACUUUUCAAUGACAUCGUAAAUCGCAUCCAGUGUGUCUUCUGUUAUUCAGUGGGAGGUUGAUUCUUCCAAAGCUGGAACCUGAAUGAUCUGUUAAAUCUGGUUUGUUUUCAGCAAAAGUGUAUGACUACAAAAGGAAGGGUUUGUUUCAUCAUGGCAAAAAGGUGUGUAGUCCAUGUCGGCAUUAUGAGGCCAUUUUUAUUUUUAAACUUUUUUUUUUUUUACACCGGUAUGUCUGUCUCAAGAUUUUAAAGUAGUGUCCCAUCUCAAUUUUAAAUUAGAUUAGCAAAAUAAAAUGUACACUGAUCUUAUCUGAAAAACGCAAAUUAGACGUAAAAUUCUGAAAUUGAGAAUGUAAGUUUGGUGACUUUGAUGCAUAAGCACAUGAUCAUGAAUGGUCUCCAAUAGCUUUAAAGUACACCCACAGUAAUCCCUGUAAGCUUUAAUUUUUGAGUGUAGAUGAUUCGCAGAGUCCUCCUUUCUGAUCUCCAGCAUCACAGCUAUCCAAGCUGUACACAACAGCAUUUGAGCGUAAGGCUACUUUCAC